GCUCCGUCAAGCUGCUCGCACUGUUGCGGUGGACAAGCCCGACCCACUCGAGUGCGAGCGGACCAUUGAUAAAAGUGCAGCAAAAAGCAGCUGGCGGGAGGAAAGGAGGAAAGGAGGAAAGGAAGAAAGGAGGGCGGGCUGGACCAAAGCAGCUUGCGGACUCACGCACACCCGGAAGGAGACUAUGAGAGUGAAAGUGCCGGUCGGACUCCUUUUUACCGAGUCCAUCCCUCUUUAAAGACCAAAAUACUCCCAAGAGAAAGAAAAAAAACUUUUGUGGGCGUGCGGCUCGGCUGGACCGGUAAACGUUGGAUCCGUCAACCUACUGCGACUCUCCGGCGUACGGCCCGGACCUGUGCCCCAACAUGAUCGCCACCCAGGCCAAGCUGGUCUACCAGCUCAACAAGUACUACAACGAGCGCUGCCAGGCGCGCAAAGCCGCCAUCGCCAAGACCAUCCGGGAGGUGUGCAAGGUGGUGUCGGACGUGCUGAAGGAGGUGGAGGUGCAGGAGCCGCGCUUCAUCAGCUCCCUGAGCGAGAUCGACGCUCGCUACGAGGGCAUGGAGGUCAUCUCGCCCAACGAGUUCGAGGUGGUGCUCUACCUCAACCAGAUGGGCGUCUUCAACUUCGUGGACGACGGCUCGCUGCCGGGCUGCGCCGUGCUCAAGCUGAGCGACGGCCGCAAGAGGAGCAUGUCUCUCUGGGUGGAGUUCAUCACCGCCUCGGGCUACCUGUCGGCCCGCAAGAUCCGCUCCCGCUUCCAGACGCUGGUGGCCCAGGCGGUGGACAAGUGCAGCUACCGCGACGUGGUCAAGAUGGUGGCGGACACCAGCGAGGUAAAGCUGCGCAUCCGGGAGCGCUACGUGGUGCAGAUCACGCCCGCCUUCAAGUGCACCGGCAUCUGGCCGAGGAGCGCGGCGCAGUGGCCCAUGCCGCACAUCCCCUGGCCGGGCCCCAACCGGGUGGCCGAGGUGAAGGCGGAGGGCUUCAACCUGCUCUCCAAGGAGUGCUACUCGCUGACCGGCAAGCAGAGCUCGGCCGAGAGCGACGCCUGGGUGCUGCAGUUCAGCGAGGCCGAGAACCGGCUGCUCAUGGCCGGCUGCAGGAAGAAGUGCCUCUCGGUGCUCAAGACCCUGCGGGACCGCCACCUGGAGCUGCCGGGCCAGCCGCUCAACAACUACCACAUGAAGACGCUGCUGCUGUACGAGUGCGAGAAGCACCCCCGGGAGACCGACUGGGACGAGGCCUGCCUGGGCGACCGCCUCAACGGCAUCCUGCUGCAGCUCAUCUCCUGCCUGCAGUGCCGCCGCUGCCCGCACUACUUUUUGCCCAACUUGGACCUCUUUCAGGGAAAGCCCCACUCGGCCCUGGAGGCGGCCGCCAAGCAGACGUGGAGACUGGCCAGGGAGAUCCUCACCAACGCCAAAAGCUUGGACAAAUUAUAAAAGGGGAGCGGGGUGGACUUUGUGUUCGGGUGCUGGAGGACUCUCCGAGCGGUGCGCACCGAGAGAGAGAAGAGAGAAGAGAGAAAAGAGAGAAAAGGAAGCGGCUUUUCGUUGUACACGGCAGCAAGGAGCAGAGAAAAAAAGCCAGGUACAUUUUCAAUGUCCUAAAAAUUUCACACUUUUAUUUAAAGAAGAAAAAUGCAAUUGUCAUUUUUCAUCAUGUGACUUGAAUGAAGAAAUAAAAUGUUGCGAGUUACAUUUAGGCCUCGUCU